GCCUCUCUGCCUCGAUUUUCUCUGCCUUCUGCCUCGAUUUGUCUCUGCCUCAAUUUCUCUCUGUCUCGAUUUCAUAACGUCAGCAUACCUGCAUACCUGUCACUAUGCUUGUUCAAUGUCACCUCCCUCAUGAGAUGUGCCCGACUGAUACCAAGUGUACUUAACUUGCUCCUUCAUAAUACCAAGUGGUCCUGCAACUAAUGAUCCAUAGCUACAUUUCAAGGCUCAAAUCACUGUCGUUCUAAUGGAUUGCAUUCCGUUCUUUUAGUCCAGGUUUCGAUAUUGAUUGUUAUCAGUUUUACACAACUGGAGGAGGGUUCUGGAAACAUAUUAUUAAUACUACAGACGGAAGAAUGGCAGAACAGGGAGGUGACUACCCUGCCGUGGUCGUAGCUGAGCCUCCUGCAGCUGCUAGUGUAACCGAAAACGUGGUUGUAAAUGAGCAACCCGCACCGGUUGCUACUGAACAACCAGCCGCACUGGUUGCUACUGAACAACCCGCACCAGUUGCUGUUGAACAACCCGCACCGGUUGCGGAAGAGCAGCCUGCAAUUGUUGUCGAUGACUACGAGCAGGCUAUCAAUACACACAAGCCCAUAGAAGCUGAAUAUGGGCAGCUUGAGCUGACGGCUCUAGGGUCAUCUGAGGGAGUUCAGCCACCCGUGGAAACGGUUGUUGUACCUGUAGCGGCUGCUGUAGAACCAUCAGUAGUUGAAGCUGCAGAACCAGCAGUAGUUGCUGCUGUAGAACCACAAGUGGUUCCAGAUAAUGUCAAAGUAACAUUUGAAGAACCGCCUGCUAGAACCGCUAAGGAUGAACCAGCAAUAGUAGAUGUUGAACUCUUCUAUAAUGACACCGAGCAAGCUCCGCUUGUUAAUGUUGAACCAGUUGGACAACCCUAUCAUCCACCUCACGAGCAUUAUGAACAAAAGAGAACGACAACAACCAAAAAGUCAUCCAAGAAGAAGCCGAAAGGAUCUCGACACAUUGAGCUGAUGGAAUGGCUGCCAACUCUCCCCCAACUGUUCGCAUACCUCGGUUUCACUCAGUUCCUGCUAAUGUUCUGGGUAUUUGUUGGGGAGUGCGCCAGCGAUGUUGGGGCUACUUGGAAUCUCGUUAUGAUGUGGUUGAUGGUAGCUACUUCCACUAUCCUUUUUGGACUCUACCAAUACUUAUUCAAAUUCAAUAUCCUAAAAUCAAUAUGCCGCACCACUGCUGCAUUCCUAGCGUUUGUCUUCAUCAUGUAUGCUCCAAGCAUGUUGCACCCCGGUUCCACCGCUGCUAAAUCCAUAUUCGCUCUUAUAAAAUUCCUGAUAAUAGCUGCUAUUACCGUGUUCUAUGUGGCUGUGUACUUUGAUGAUAUUGCUCCCCCUGCUAAACAUGUGCCGCGACGUGUGCGACGGCUUUUAUACAAGUAGAGAGAGAGAGAGUGUGUCCUCAGUGGCUGGCUCACUGCUCAAGCUCACAGUAGUAAUCACAACAGCACUGUACUUCGUCUACAACCUUCUCUCCGCAAAGAAGUGUCCUCUGAGAUCCCUUUCUGCAACCAUCUUCUCCUUCACAGCCACCCUCUUCCUCUUCCAAUUCCCCAUCCUCCUCUCCUCUGCAGACGACAGCACUGGUGGGAGAAUCGUGUUGGCACUUUUCCGGAUGCUGAUAAUCGCGCUUGUGGUUGUGAUCUUCAGUGUGGCGUACAUAGAGGAUCUGAGGAGUGGACCCGCUGACCCGGAGCCGGGUGAAGUGGUGGUGAGCAAUGGUAGAGCUGAAGCUCAACCUAUACCUAACCCUCACCCUUAUCCGACUACUAUCGGCAAUGAUUACGCAGCCGAAUGAUAAUUAUGAGGUGAUCGCUUAGUGGAGGAGGGUUUCUUUUUAAAACAUGUUUAGGGAGAACUUGGUUAGGGAAAACUUGGUUGUUAGGGAAAACUUGGUCGUUAAAAAGAACUUGGCUGUUAGGGAGAAUUUGUUUGUUUAAUACUCAAAAUAUUGCGGAGGACAUUUCAGUUUUAUGAUAUGUAGUAAAAAUUUUCAGCAAAUUUACAUUCAAUCAACACCAUAUUUGAUUUAUGGAGUUAGGGGAAAAGUUGGCAGUACCUAACAUAUUGUGAAUAAAUGGUCAUUGUAGUCAUAAGUAUAUAAGUCAUAUAUCCCUGUCUUGCAAAAUUAUUUGAUCGGCAUGCAAUUUAUUUAAAAAUAAAAGUUUAUGAAAUUUAUAAUAAUUUUAGGUCAGAUUCCAUUUAAAACAGUAAAAAUGUGUU